AUGGUACAGCAAAAUCAGUUUGGGGGUGUUGCAGUAGAAGACCCAAAUGCUCAUCUUGGAUCCUUUUUGGAAAUUUGUGACACGGUGAAGAUGAAUGGGGUUACUGAAGAUGCAAUUAGACUCCGCCUAUUCUCAUUCUCUUUAAGGGAUAAAGCAAAGGCUUGGUUCCAAUCACUACCAUAUGACUCAAUUACAACUUGGGAUGAUUUGCCUCAAAAAUUCCUUACCAAGUACUUUCCACCUUCUAAAUCAGCUCAACUUCGCGGUGAAAUUAGCCAAUUCAAACAACUCGACUUCGAGCCAUUCUAUGAAGCCUGGGAAAGAUUUAAAGACUUGCUUAGGAGAUGUCCUCAAUAUGGGUUCCAGAAAUGGGUGCAAAUUGAGAUAUUUUAUAAUGGGCUAAAUGGGCAGACAAGGACUAUGGUAGAUGUAGUUGCGGGAGGCAUUUUAAUGGCUAAAACAGCAGAGGCUGCAUAUGCUUUAUUGGAUGACAUAGCCACUAACAGUUACCAAUGGCCAAGUGAGAGAUCGGGUGUUAAGAAAGUAGCAGGACUUCAUGAAGUGGAUCCCAUCACCGCACUAGCAGCUCAGGUUUCAUCACUCACAAAUCAGAUAGUCACGCUUACCACUCAAGGAAAUCAACAGAAGGUAGAUUCAGUCAUGAGUACUUCUUCUUCACACCAAGAGACAGAGGUUGCUAACGAACAGGCCCAAUAUGUCAACCGUAGAAACUACAAUCAAAGAGAAAGCUACCAAGCUAAUCACUAUCAUCCAGGGUUGAGAAAUCACGAGAACUUGUCAUAUGGCAACAAUAGAAAUACACUUCAACCUCCAUCGGGAUUCAACACUCAGAAUUCUGAUGGGAAACUACCAUUGGAAGACAUACUUGGGACAUUUAUUUCUGAGACAAGAUCACGCUUCAACAAAGAUGAAUCACGUUUGGAUAAUAUUGAAACACAUGUGUCCAACAUGGGAGCCACAAUGAAGAAUCUUGAAGUGCAAAUUAGCCAAUUGGCUACCUCAAUGAAGUCUCAGCAAAAAGGAAAAUUUCCAAGUGAUAUAGAGAUCAAUCCAAAGGAGCACUGUAAAGCUGUUAUAUUAAGGAGUGGCAAGCAAACUGGAGAAAGUGAACUCACUGAAGACAAUGCUUUGGAACAAAUGCCAAAUUACGCAAAGUUUAUGAAGGAAGUGAUGUCAAAGAAGCGAAAAUUGGAGGAAUAUGAAACAGUAAAAUUGACAGAGGAAUGCAGCGCUAUUCUUCAAAAGAAACUUCCUCAGAAGAGAAAAGAUCCGGGCAGCUUCACUAUUCCGUGCACCAUUGGAAGCUCUUCCUUUGAAAAGGCCCUUUGUGAUCUAGGAGCAAGCAUCAAUUUAAUGCCGUUAUCAGUAUUCAAGAAGUUAGGCCUCGGGGAGGUCAAACCAACAACAGUGACUUUACAACUAGCUGAUAGGUCCCUCACCUACCCAUGA